AUCACAUCGAUCAUCCAUCGGCCGGACCCGUCGACCAAGCAGCAGCUAGCCAUGUCGCACAUCGCGGUGGAGCGCAACCGGCGGCGGCAGAUGAACGAGCACCUCAAGGUGCUGCGGUCGCUGACGCCGGCGCUGUACAUCAAGCGCGGCGACCAGGCGUCCAUCAUCGGCGGCGCCAUCGACUUCAUCCGGGAGCUGCAGCAGGUGCUCGACUCCCUCGAGGCCCGCAAGAAGCGCCGCAGCAGCAGCGGCAGCGGCGGCUUCGGCUUCACCCCGAGCCCCACGCCCAGCCCGCGCUCCCACCUCCUCUCCUCCUCCGGCGGCGCCACCAGCAGCAGCGCCGGGAGCAGCACCCCGUCCCCGCCGGUCGUCGGCAAGGUGGCCCCGGCGGUGAAGGAGCUCGCCGCCUGCUGCAACUCCCCCGUGGCCGACGUGGAGGCCAGGAUCUCCGGCGCCAACGUCCUGCUGCGCACGCUCUCCCGCCGCGCGCCCGGCCAGGCCGCCACGAUGGUCGCCCUGCUCGAGGCCCUCCACCUCGAGGUGCUCCACCUCAACAUCAGCACCAUGGACGACACCGUCCUCCACUCCUUCGUCCUCAAGAUCGGGCUGGAGUGCCAGGUCAGUGUUGAGGACCUUGCCUACGAGGUGCAGCAGACCUUCGUCUGCGGCAGGGAGCAGGAGCAGGAUCAUGAGCAGCUGGUGCUGGUGGACCAGCAGGAGAAUAAUCUCAUGUACUCAGCCAUGCCCAUGACCAUAUAACGACGGAUUGAUAAUGCAGCUAGUUAGCUAGUUACACUAGAUCGAUCUCCUUCCUUGCUCUUUGCCCUUCAUUCCAAAUUGUAGAUCGGUUUAGUUUUUUAGAUUCAUAGAUAUUAUUAUGCAUCUGUAUGUCUAGGUGCAUAAUAAUAUCUAUGAACCUAGAAAGUUAAAAAAAUCUACAAUUUAGAACGAAGGAAGUCCUGGCUCAAAGUUCCAUGGACCUCGUCUCUCUCAUCUAUCUGCAGGUCGAUCUAAGUAGAGCUAGAUAGCUAGCUUUAGUUUGUGCGACACAAUUACACACAUCCAUGUGUGCUCUGUAAUCUGUAUGAAGCGUAUGACCACUACUUGUAGUCAAGAAUCCGCCGGUUAUUAUAAUAUUAUAAAUACAAUUUCUUGUCUCCGGAA